AUGGAGAAAGUGUCAACGUUUCCUUCUUCAGCUUUGCAAUUAUUACCUCCUGGUUUCAAAUUCCAUCCAUCUGAUGAAGAACUCAUUGUUCAUUACUUGCGAAACAAAGUGAUUUCGCAUCCACUUCCAGCGCAGUUGAUCACUGAAAUCGAUCUCUAUAAGUAUAAUCCGUGGGAGCUACCCAACAAUGCUUUGUUUGGAGAAGAUGAAUGGUAUUUCUUCAGCCCGAGGGACCGGAAGUAUCCAAAUGGGGUGAGGCCAAAUAGAGCAGCAGCGUCAGGCUAUUGGAAGGCUGCUAGCAGUGACAAGCCAAUUCUUACCUCUCGUGGAUUGAAGCGCAUCGGGGUGAAGAAGGCUUUAGCCUUUUACACUGGUCGUGCUCCAAAAGGAGUUAAAACUGAAUGGAUCAUGAACGAGUACAGACUGCUUGACAAUACCAUUAAACCAUCAAGGUUAAAAGGGUCUAUGAGAUUGGAUGAUUGGGUACUAUGUCGAGUUCAACAGAGAGGAAAUAGAUCAAAGAACACAUGCAACAGUCAAGACAACUAUAGCACAGAAUUUUGGAGGUACCUACCAAAAGUUGAGCAGACACAGCCUACAUAUGCAAACCUUCAUGCUGAUAUUAUCACCGAUUUUCUAUAUAAAGACUGCCAACUAUUAGCUUCCAUACUUUCCAGUCAAGCUCCAUCUCCAACAGAGACCAAUUCAAGCGUGAGCUUUCAAGGGAGCAAAGAUAGCUAUGAAGUUGGUUCAAAUAAUAUGGUAAAAUCAACAAUAUCAAUUUCUUCUUCGGGCAUUGAUUCCAACACACUAAAAAUGAAAAGUACAGAAGAAAAUCACUUUCCACUCAUCAACAAUCGUGAAAGCAAGAAAAUAGAUGAGAAUCUUCUGCCUAGCAUGAGACCGGCAGGCAACGCUAUCAACUGCUACAUCCCAAACCACUCCCAGUAUGAACUACUCAAUGCUCAUCCAACCGAUCCCACCAACUUUGAGAAGUUUAAUGAAAUGACCUUCCCAGGGACAUACUUCGAGUAA